GAAGCAUCGGGAUCGGGAGAGCGAGAUACAACAUGGGCGCUAAGCAGUCGCGCGUGGUGGCGAACGAGGCGGCGUCCGAGCUGCGCCCGGAGGACGAGCACGACGGGGAGACGCGCGCCUCCAUCCGCCUCACGCCCGCGCUCAUCGACCAGAUCAACGGCACGCACGAGGCCUCGGCCAAGGCCCAGCAGGCGGCGGGCGGCAUCAACGCGCAGCAGCAGGCAGCCUUGAAGAAGCAGCUGCAGAUGGCCUACAACAAGGGCGCUGACGACUACCGGAAGAAGAUGGAGGUGGAUCUCAAGCAGAAGCAGCAGCAGCAGGCCGCCGCCGGGGCGCCGAGCCUGGCGCAGCAGGCGCAGCUCGCCAAGGAGCAGGAGGAGCGCGAGAACCAGCGCGUGGAGCAGCUCGUGGCCGAGAUCAACAAGAAGAAGUACUGCGCGCCGCUGCGGGACGUGCAGUGCUCGACCGAGCGCGAGGCGUGUUUGCAGUGCUAUAGAGACAAGAAGACCGACGUCUUGAAGUGCAAGGAAGUGGCCGACGCCUUCGUGCGGUGCGCCCGACAAAACACCGAGAAAUUGGUCGGAGAGAACUGAAGUAUCUUCCCGUUUCAGAUCAUCUAGCGGACUCGAUAAUUC